CUCUCUCUCUCUCUCUCUCUCUCUCUCUCUCUCCCCUCAUUCCGACAACAAACGACUUCUUCUCCACCCCCCCCCCCUCUUCUCUUCUUCCCCCCAUACCCACACUCCCUCCUUUCAUAUCCAACAUGCCAUUCGAUUCCAAGGUCCCCGGCGUCACCAUCCUCGGCAAGGUCUCCGCUGAGCAGGCCACCCACAUCCUCACUCCCGAGGCCCUCCUGUUCCUCGCCACCCUCCACAGGACCUUCAACGGCACCCGCAAGGCCCUUCUCCAGAAGCGCGUCCUCCGUCAGCAGCAGAUCGAUCAGGGCAUCCUCCCCGAUUUCCUGCCCGAGACCAAGGCCAUCCGCGACGAUGUCUCCUGGCGCGGCGCUAUCCCCGCUCCCGGCAUGGCAGAUCGCCGUGUGGAGAUUACGGGACCCGUCGACAGGAAGAUGGUCAUCAAUGCGUUGAACUCUGGAGCCGCCACCUUCAUGGCCGAUUUCGAAGACUCCAACAGCCCUACGUUCGAGAACAACCUCUCGGGUCUGGUCAACAUGAAGGAUGCCAUCCACCAGCGCAUCUCCUACACCGCCCCCAACGGCAAGCAAUACAACAUCCGCAAGGACGGCAAGGUUGCUACCCUCAUUGUCCGCCCCCGCGGAUGGCACUUGGAUGAGAAGCACGUGUUGAUCGACGGCGAAGUGACAUCGGGCUCUCUCUUUGACUUUGCGCUCUACUUCUUCCACAACGCCAAAAAGUCGGUCGAGAUCGGUAUUGGCCCAUACUUCUACCUGCCCAAGAUGGAGUCUCACCUCGAGGCGCGUCUCUGGAACGAUGUCUUCAACCUCUCGCAGGACUACAUCGGCAUGCCCCGUGGCACCAUCCGUGGUACCUGCUUGAUCGAGACCAUCAUGGCCGCCUUUGAGAUGGAGGAGUUCAUCUACGAGUUGCGCGAGCAUUCCUCUGGCUUGAACUGCGGUCGCUGGGACUACAUCUUCUCGGUUAUCAAGAAGUUGCGCCAGGACCCCAAGUUCCUCCUCCCCGACCGCUCGGAUGUCUCGAUGACGACCCCCUUCAUGGAUGCGUACGUCCGCUUGUUGAUCAAGACCUGCCACAAGCGUGGAGUCCAUGCCAUGGGUGGUAUGGCCGCUCAGAUCCCGAUCAAGAACAACGAGGCCGCCAACAAGGCCGCGAUGGACAAGGUCCGCAACGACAAGUUGCGUGAGGUCAAGGCCGGUCACGACGGCACCUGGGUCGCUCACCCGGAUCUGGUCAAGAUUGCGCUCCUGAUCUUUAACGAGCACAUGCCCCAGCCCAACCAGCUUCAUAUCCGUCGCGACGAUGUCCAUGUGACGGCCAAGGAUCUGUUGAACACGAACGUCAAGGGCGGCAAGGUCACGGAGACCGGUAUUCGCUCGAACGUGUCGGUGUCUUUGAUGUACAUGGAGGCAUGGUUGCGCGGGGCUGGAUGUGUACCGAUCCACAAUCUGAUGGAGGACGCUGCGACCGCCGAGAUCUCGCGUUCGCAGUUGUGGCAGUGGGCGAAGCACCAGGCCAAGACGGAUAAGGGUGUGACUGUGACCCCACAGUUCUUGUUGAAGAUCUUGGACGAGGAGGUCGAGAAGCUGGCCAAGGAGAUGGGUGAGCAGCGAUUCAAGGCUAGCAAGAUUGGACAGGCAAAGAAGCACCUCGCAGGACAGAUUACGGGCAAGGACUAUGCUGAUUUCUUGACGACGCUGUUGUACGAGGACAUUGUUGUCUAUGACGAUGUCAAGGCCAAGAUCUAAAAACAACCAAGUCCAACAGAGGAACCCAAGGAACCGAACGAAAAAGAAAAAUCAUUUUGCAUUGUAUCAAAGAAACCCAACCAUCCCUCCCUCCCCCUCCCAACUAACUCGGCAAUAAAA